AUGAAGUGUUCGCUAAUCAAUCUUAUUGUUUUUGUAAUUUUUGUAAAUUCGGAUGCAACGAUAAAGGAUUCUGUUAAUGGUUAUUGGAAGAACAAUGCUCAUGUUUAUAAGACAGCUAAAGCUUGCUCGUCACUCAAAAUGUUAAUGGGAAAUUCUUGGACUGCAAUAACGGAAAGUUUAGGAAUGCACAAUAUAAGUUGUCCUAUUCCCGUGGGUUGUUAUAAAUCAUCUGGUAUCAGGCUUAAUAAGAACUUUUAUGCCAAUUUACCAAAGCAGUCUUUUUAUGGAACAUACAAAUCUCGUAUUCAAUUUACCAAAAACAAGGUAGUUCAUGGCUGUGCUACUUCUGUUGUAGAGGUGAAUCAGCAUUGGGAAACUGAUUAA